UCAUAUCUACGGGUCUCCCUGUCUGAACUGAAUGACUGGUCCUCCUGUCUCCAUUUUUUGAAAUCGGUGCGAUCGAGUCUUUUGAAAGAGAAUUUUCAGGCUGUGCUUCACAGCUAGAAAGUUGAAUCGGAGUCUACGAAAUAAUGCUGAAGUUCGAAAGUAAUGCCCAACUAUGCUAAACCGGCUGGCAAGCCUGCAUUGUUCGGAGGAGCCCAAGUCCUUUGUGCUUUCAUCCCUCAACUCAUCCCGUGCUGCUUUGUCUUUAAUUUGCCGUGCGAUACAGACGGGUAGGUGUGCUCCUCAUCCUAUUCAUUGCGUUUCUUAUGGCAUAUGUUGAUUUCCUAUGUUUUUGUAAAUAUUUAAUCUAUAUAUUUUUUUUCGGCUUUUCCACGCAUUCUAAUGAAUGGCAAUGUGGAAAAGGGAAAAUAAAAGCAAGACUGCGUGUGUCUGUUUAAAAGGGAAGUGUCUCAUUUCAUGGGGUUUGCCGAUCAGAACGCAUAGGGUUUAUUUAUAUACCUGUUGGAAAGGGUUAAACCCCCGAAACUAGCGCGCAUUCUCUCUGUUUAACAUCAGAGGAGCAGUGUCAGCACUCAGUGCUCUAAAUUAUUGAUGGGACCUUUUUCUUUAAGUAACGGGACUCAAUGCUGCAGACGCCUAUAACACAAGUGCAUCUGUGGAUUUUUCUCUCUCCAUUAUCACAGUCAUAAAAUAUUCAACCAUGCAAUUUGCAUCCCAAAUUAUCAUUUCGUGGGGGGGAAAAAUGCUAUUUCCAAGAUUCUAUGUGAGAUAAUCGCGGGAGCCAUUGAUAUGUGGAUGGAUAUAGCUUUGCAUUGCUGCAUGAAAGAUGAGAUGACCGCUAUUGCUCUCACUGAUCCAUUGUUUGCUGAUGGUGCUAGACUUGCCUGCUUAUUGCACUGGAAGAAUAUUUGUUUUAUACAUUAAACAAUCUGGUCAAAAAUUCUUCCUGUUGCUGGACAUUCUACCCUAUAUUCAGAAUUCAAAUUAUGGCAAAAUAUGGUAGAUAACGUUAAUAGGUAGAGUAGAUAGCCUAAAGGGAUUGAUGCUGCUGUGUUUGCUGACCUGAACUGCUGCUGAGUGCAAUAGGGGCACCAUUCCAUAACCAGCCUGUGCUGUUCCUACAUUCAAGGACAUCUCCCAUGCUGUCCAAUGCUUUUAAUCACAUUCCACAACCUAAUGAGUUUUUUUUAAUUCAGAUUUCUCAAAAGGACAAAGUUCACACACCAUCUGGGGAUAGUCUACUCAUUGUUUCAGUUCAGUUUUUGUUUACAUUGCUGAAGGUCUCAUAGAUGGCAGUAUUCUAUACUGGUGCAGUAAUGAGGACAACCUGCACAAAGAGAAGGGGACUCACAUACUGUAGGGCAGGCCUGCCUGGCUCUGAACUGUAUACAGCAUGAUGAGAGCUAGCAUCCUGGACCACUCAUUGGCAUCCAUUCAGCUGCUGCCAAAAUAUAGAUGGCAAUUAUUUGGACAGGAAAUUUCAUAACAUGACAUUCUGCCUUAUUUUGCCGCAUGAAGUAAGUUGGUUGUUCUCCACGUGUAGUGAAAUGACUAAUUUAUCCUGCUCUGAGUCAGUCAGUCAGUCCUCCAGGUCUAUGAUUUCUCUCACUCUCAGGGACUCCAUCAGUGAGGGUGGCAGUGGAGGAGGCAGUGGACUCAGACGUCAGACCCUGUUAACGGUUGACUGGACCCAGUUUUCUAUGGGGAACUAGAAGGUGUACGGACGUCAUUCAUUGGAGGGACUAUAAAGGCAGUUUCUUUAUAGCUCUCCCGUCUUUGAGAGUUCCUCAGUGUGCUGCUCUCUCUAGUCCAUUCUCUCCAAGGGCAUUCACUUCAGCCUCCUCAUAUUUCAUAAUCACGACCCUGGGGCGGGAGCCGCUCUUUAUUAGGGAGACCUGCAGUAUGGCACGCUGGCCAGACUAGACAAACCAGACGGUGUGAGAGCGCUUUCAGAGGUAAAGAGGCUGCUGCAGAUAACAGAACAAUGCUUCCUGCUUCUGUCUCUGCUUGUCUCAAUGGGAUAACCAGUUUCUCAAUUUCCCCAUAGAAAGGCUCUUCUGCAACGGACAGUAGAGUUUUAAAUGCAUCUUCAAUGGGAAGUACGAUUUUUUUUUUGUGCAAAUGAUUUCAAGAAGGUGUUUGGUACUUCAGGCAUUGUGGAUAGUCUGCUCCAUCAGUGUAAUAUUUCAGAUUUUACAAAGGCCACUCCAAGAGGAGUAAUAGUCCCAUUUAUGUGUUGUCCCCACAGUUAAGUGAGUUCAUUCGGAUUGUUUCACAUGGAUUCACUCCCUAAUGGGUUUCUCAGAGUAUAGGGCUCCAGCUGCAGGCAGCAAGCAGUAGUGUUGUAUUGGCAAUCUUUCUGCAGCGGUCAGCACAAAAAAUAAAUUCUACCUCUCUCGCACAGAGGAUACAUAUGAGUUUACUGCAGGCUUUUACCCACUUUUUCUCUGCAGAGAAGCAUGCAAAAUGCUCACUUUUCCCUCUCAGUGAUCAUGUGUGUAUCUCUGACUGUGUGAUUUUCUCCUCUCUUAGUGCCCAGCCCCGCCUCCCAGCAGUCCCCCAACUGGAGGCCGAACUAGUCAACAUGAAUCUGCAUGGCGCCAGCGGAGGCCUCGAACGCUGCAGGGACAGCGACCGCCGGCGCUCCAGCGACCGCUCCCGAGACUCCUCCCACGAGAGGGGCGAGGGUCAGCUGACCCCUUGCAUCAGGAACAUCACCUCGCCCACCCGACAGCACAACAGUGGUGAGUAGCUUCCCAGUGUUUCACCUCCAUUACUGGAACAACACCACGGCUGUACCCGUUUGGUUAUUCUCUAAUCCAUUACUGCUAUGCGACAGAACCACACAGUGUAAUGACGUGACACUGACAUAACAAGGCUGUCUCAGAUGCCUCAGGUACAGCUGUUAGAUUGAGGCCCUUUCUAACGACACAAAAGCAGUGACUGAAGUGGUUUCAUCACGUAGAAAUCUCCUUAAAGCCUAACCCAGAGGUGGAGCCACAGUAGUCAUACGACUGCUACUCAGUCUGGACCCACUCAGGGAAUUAAGCCAAUGGCCGAACUGAAUGAUGUUUAAAUUGCUACAGUAACAGUUGAAUAAUCAAGUCUUGAAAGGAAAGCAUUUUGGCGCUUGCGAAAGCUUUCAAUGCCCUUUUUCAUCCUUCUGGCAGCCAGCUACAGUGUGAUGAGACAGCAGUGUUGGCACCUUACCUACGGUACUCUGUCUGUUUGUCUCUUCCAGAUCGUGAGCGGGGCGAGGGUAGUUCUUCCUCCAGGUCAUCAAGCCCUCGGCCCCCCAGAGCCAUGAUGUCGGUGGGGCCCAGCUGCAUCGCAGUGAGCAGCAGCAGGAGCAGCCUGUUCAGCAACGAGGCCCACUGUAAGGGCCUGGGUCAUGGACACGUGCACGGCCCCUGUGACCUCAUCUACGUCUAUGAAAAUGCCAAAGAGGGGGCGCGCACGUUACGGACGGCGGAGAGGGUCACACUGAUUGUGGACAACACCCGCUUCGUGGUGGACCCGGCCAUCUUCACCGCCCAGCCCAACACCAUGCUGGGAAGGUACAGUAAAAUAUUUUAUCACCAUAAAUUAAAGAGAUAUCGAAGGGAUAUUACAGCAAAUUAAAGGGAAAUGAAAGGGAUAUUACAGCAAAUUAAAGGGAUAAUUAAUUUCAAACCAAAUGUUUUCCUCUCUCGUAGAAUGUUUGGAUCUGGGAGGGAAUACAAUUUCACCAGGCCCAAUGACAAAGGGGAAUUUGAGGUGGCAGAUGGAAUCAGCUCAACUGUUUUCAGAGCCAUCCUGGUAAGACACUCAUUCUGGUUUGAUAAUGUCAUAGAGUUUCACCUAAUGUCUCCAGAGAUGGGUUGAUAUUGACAAAGUGAAGGAUUACGCUGCUGCGUCAGUCAUGACUGGAAAGGAAAAUACGUUUUCUCACAGAUUCUAUCCAUCCCCUAUAUAUUUUAUUAAGAAGAAGAAUAGGCCUUCAGUGUUCUGACCUAUCUAAAACAAGCACCUUUAUUGUUCCAUGACCAGAGAUUGUGGAGAGUGGCCAAAUGUAUAGGGGUCAAUACAUAUUGUUUCGUAUAUGAUUGCAGCAUAAUUUCCAUAUUAUUCAAGGAUUAUAGUGCAUUUGUAUGCAAUUACUUUCUAGUAAUACCUUGACAAAUACGUUUGUUUACAAACAAUCUCUGAGAUUGUCCAUCUGAUAUAUUGUGUAUUUUUGUGGAAGUGUGGAAAUGCAGGGCAGAUAAUCAGUGUUACAUAAGGCACAUUUUCCGGGAUCAGAGAUACUAAUGCUGUACAACAUGCUAGUGCUUUCAUUUUUGUGUUUGUUCGCCCCGCUGUUCCACUUAACUCUCCAGAGACACAGGGGAGGAGAACAACCAGGUAAUGCCAUCUGUUUGUGUGUGUAUCAUAGGGUUUCUGGAUGUUAUUUCAGGCUCAAGAGCAGCUUUCUGUGUGACUCAGGCUUUACGGUGUUCUAGCAUGUCAGUGUAGCAAUUUCACAUCUGUAUGCCUAUUUGUAUGGGGGAGAGAGGCUAAUGUGGAUAGUCGGGACUCAAUAACAUGCUGAAGGCACUUCUUUGUUUGAUUUCAAGGCUUAUCUUGCAUUGUCAGUAUUGAACCGUCUCGUUGUACAGAUCUGUGCUCGGAGUGUGAAGAGCUCUACAGUCAAAGGCGACCCGACUAAAACAACAGGAAGAGAGGAAAAACAUGGCUGGCAGCAUUAGCAUUCAGGGCACAGAGCAAGCUAACAGCCGUUUCAGGCACUGUCUUGUGAAGAGCCGAGCGUUGCUGCUGCCUCCAUCCCUUUUCUUUUCAGCGUUAUACUUUAAUGAUCUCCAUGUUUCUCUGGCUGUAAAUGGGUCUGUGGGGGUGGGAGGGAGGGAGUGACGUCACUGCCAUUUGCUGUUGUCGGAAGGCUGUUCUGUGUUUGCGCAGAGCAGCCUCCGUGAUGGCUGCCUGUUUGUUUUUCCUGUGACUUUUAAAUGGCAGGAUUACUACAAAUCUGGGAUAAUCCGCUGUCCUGAUGGGAUCUCCAUUCCCGAGCUGAGAGAAGCAUGUGACUACCUCUGCAUCUCCUUCGACUACAGCACCAUCAAGUGUAGAGACCUCAGUGAGUGUAUAUAGCUAUAUGCCAUCAGGCCCUCUUUUUCUCAUUUUAAUGACAUGAUAAUACACAUUGCAUUUUAUGCAGAAUAUUCCUAUGUAAUAUUUCAUUCCAUGACAUUGUUCUGUAUUAAAUGCUAGGUUUAUUUAGCCUGCUGUGUGUUUGGUGUUGUGGAGGUGUUGACAUGUUGUGGUUGAGUAGGAGGCACAGCUCUGAAACUAGGUCAGUAUUAGCCUACAGGUUUGAUCCAUGUCAGAUGAUCGCAGAGUUUCCACAAUCUGUGUCACUGACUGCUAUAGCCAUUGAUUGACGUUAUUUUAAAUGUGGAUGUGUGUCUAGUUUUGUUCACUUGCUGUGAGUGUGCAUGUGUGUGCGCACAUGCUUGAGUGUGUUGCUUUGGAUAAAAGCGUCUGCUAAAUGGCUUAUUAUUAUUAUAUUUCAGCGUGAGAACUGGAGUGUGGUCGUCUCACUCCACCCACUCCUAUUUUCCAGGUGCACUCAUGCACGAGCUGUCCAAUGAUGGGGCGAGGCGUCAGUUUGAGUUCUACUUGGAGGAGAUGGUGCUGCCUCUGAUGGUGGCCAGCGCCCAGAACGGAGAGAGGGAGUGUCACAUAGUGGUCCUGACAGACGACGACGUGGUGGACUGGGACGAGGAGUACCCUCCGCAGAUGGGAGAGGAGUAUUCACAGAGUGAGUCAGGUCAUUCACCUCACUGGCUCUGUUGAUAUAGUAGUUUACAAGCAAGCCAUUUCAACAAGUCACCCAUGAGUGGUUUAUAUCGCUGUGAAAAUAAUUGCCCUAGAUUAUAAUUGACUGUUAAAGGUCCAGUGCAUCAGUUCUGGGUAACAAGUUACUUACUGUAAUAGUUUUUCAUUAAAAUGGUCAAAAAUAAACAAGUGUUUCAUCAGCUGUUGGACAAAUAUGAUACAUAACACAGGAAAUAGACUGAGUGCACUGGUUCACCUGCCUGAUCUGAAUUGCUGAAUGCCUAUGUUAUUUUACUUAGAAUAUGUAUGACAUUUAAUUAUAUAAACAAUAAUACUUUUUCAUUUUUCUUUACAGUUAUAUACAGCACAAAACUGUACAGAUUCUUCAAGUAUAUAGAGAAUCGCGACGUUGCCAAAUCAGUAUUAAAAGACAGAGGACUUAAGAAAAUCAGACUAGGAAUUGAAGGUAUGGUGGAUCAUCACUGAACUGCCUUGUUCCUUGUUGCACAUAAUGUCUAUCAAGAAGCCUAAAGGGUUACCCCAAUUGGGUAAAAAAUAUUGAAGACUACACUUUUUGUAUAAAUAUACUUCUAAUACAACAUCAUGCAUUUAAUACAAGGUAUUUCAAUUGUUUUUUAUUAAUUUUAAUAAAACCAAAAUGUCUGUUUUUAUCCUCCCAGGUUACCCCACCUACAAGGAGAAGGUGAAGAAGCGUCCUGGCAGCCGGCCAGAGGUCAUCUACAACUACGUCCAGAGGCCCUUCAUCCGCAUGUCCUGGGAGAAGGAGGAGGGCAAGAGCCGCCAUGUUGACUUCCAGUGUGUGAAGAGCAAGUCCAUCACCAACCUGGCAGCCGCUGCUGCAGACAUUCCCCAGGACCAGCUGGUCAACAUGCACCCUGGUCCUCAGGUGGACGAACUGGACAUCCAGCCUCAGCCAAGCUAUCACUAUGAGCCAGACCCAGACGCCCCCUCACCGGCUGUCUGAGACUGGGCCCCCCGUCCCCCUCCACAGAGCACUGUAUUGAUGAGCAAGUUGGGCAGCAGAAACCACAUUGCCUUUACAAGCCUCAAAAGAUAACUGGUAUAUAUUGUCAACAGCCAAGGAAGGAGAAGCAAAGCACACAGUAAACGAUUGCUUCAUUGCACUUAGUCUGCACUGUUUCUUUUUUUUAACUGACCAAAGGAGAUUUAUUUUUAUCAAGAAUAUUUGAACUAUUCUUUAAAUUAAAAAAAAAAAAGCAGAUUGUAUCACGAACUUGUCUGUGGGUCCUCAUGUGAUGAGUUGUGUGUGUGGUGCUGCUGUGUACAGUACUGUAGUUCCUAAAGAGUUUGGUGUUCUGCUCGCUGCCCCUGGUGGUGGUAUGGCAGUGCGGAUUUAGAAUCGUACUACAGUAGUCCACCACCAGAGCAGCCUCGCUGUGAUGCUUUGGUCUCAGAAUAAAUACGUUUUUAUUUCAUAUUCAUCUCACUUUCAUCAUUCAUGACUCCAUCUGUUUGAGAAGAGUAUCCCAAUUUGGCAGUGCAUUUAAUUGUCAAUUCGUUUUUCUUAUCACAUUGCUAUACAUUCGUAAUGUCUGCUUGUGCUGUAGAGGACCCAAGCUGACAUGUUCAUUAGCCACUCCUACUUAGUCAAUGGAGCGUAAAAGAUCCAAUAUGGUCCAACAUUUGAAUCUGUUCCAACUGGAGAGAGCAAACCUAACAUAGUUGCACCUUAUCAGCCGCCUUAGUCAUCAAUAGCUUGUAUACUGAACUUAAAAGGUCCAAUGCAGCUGUUUUUAUCUCAAUAUCAAAUUAUUUCUGGAUAACAAGUACCUUAUUGUGAUUUUUUUCAAUUAAAGUUGGUAAAGAAACACAGCUUCUUAGCAAAGAGCUAUUUCUCAAGCAACAUUUUUUGCUAGGACUGUCAGAGUGGUCUGAGUGGGGAGGGGAAAACUGAAAACUAGAGGUUUAGAAGUCUUUCUUAUUGGUCUAUUAACUCAUUUGCCACCUGGUGAUAUUAUUGAAGGCAAGGUUCUCAAAAUGAUAAAUGUAGGAAAAUGUGUUCUGUCCUCCAAAGCCAGAUUCCUUAAUCUUAUUACGGCUUUAACAUAUUCCUCAUUUAAUUAAAAUGAUUAAAAACCAGUAACUAUGGCAUAUUGCUCCUUUAAUAUUCACACUUGCAAAUAUUACCUAAAAUCCUUGUGUGCGGAUGUUAUUAACUGGCUUCCAUCAGCUCAGUUUGUGUUCCCAGGCGUUUCUCCUCACCACCACAUUAGCAAUGCAGUCCUGUUAUCUUUGGCUGACUGAAUUUCUGCCACUGGAUGGCAACAUGAUAGAAAUAUCCCAGCGUUGCACCAAUAGGCUCAAUGGAGGAAAUCUGUGAAUUAGAUUCAUUGAAUUGCUUCCGUUACAUGCAAUUCCCUGAACGAUUCACUCACCCACCCUCUGAUUCGAAUGUAAUUGUUCAGAAUGCUUCUGAUAGUAUGUGACAUUUGAACAUUGUAAAUAGGGAUACUACUUCUUCAUUAGCGUCAAUAACACUGCAUCAAAUUCUGUUUUCAAGAUUAUAUUUAUAGCUCGAAGUCUUCUGGAAGGAGAUACAAUCCAAAAAAACACUUAAUUUAAACAUUUUUUCACUGCUAAUACAAUACACAUACCAUAUAUUUUGCAUUAAGUAUUUCUUACAUGAUACUAUUUAAAGAUUUGAUACAAUUUCCAAUGGGGUUAUCCAACAAGGAAAACCAUUUUGUAGUGUAAAAACAUCAAAACACUAAAACAGAAACAGGUUUUCAAUAGAAAUCCCUGGUAGGAUAACGCAGGAACAUAGACAUUGCUAACUGAAUUGUCCUGUGGUGAAGGUCAAUGUAAGUGUCCAGCAGCAGGCUAGGGAGGGCACAGACAGGUAUACCAUGGAGGUCUUGGCUCCAAUAAGUCCCACAGUGCCAUGGUUCCUGAUGAUAUCACUGCAUCGUCAAUUCAGGGUUCUGACAUGAGUUAUGUGGGCCUUAACCCAAGAGUUCCAACUGCCCUGCUGUUCCUCUAGGGCCGUCAUCACAAGGGCCAGGGUAAGUCACUAAAGUCCACGGGGCCCCCAAGGCCUGCGUCAGCCUCCAGGAGACUCAUGAUCACAGCCAUGGCUGCCUCAUCGUUACUGGGGCUGCUGGAGCCUGGCUCGUCCAUGAUGUCGAUGCUGAGAUGA